CGAGGCUGCCGCCGUCGUCGCUUCACCUGCCUCAGUUGCCGCCGUCUCCUCCUCCGCCGCCGUCGCCUCUCCGGCCGAAGUUCGGCUCCGUGCGCGCGCCGCCCGGUUCCGGUUACGGAUGGACCUGUUCGGGGACCUGCCGGAGCCGGAGCCUUCGCCCCGCUCCACAGCCGGCAGAGAAGCACAGAAAAAAAGGCCUUUGCUUUUUGAUGAUCUCCCGCCAUCUAGCAGUGAGAAGUCAGGCCUUACCACUCUCUUACCUGGAAUCUGGGGACCUGAUCUGAAUUUCAGGAACCUUGUUAGAGGGAAAGACCUACAGAAAGGAUCUUUGCUUUUUGAUGACCUCCCUCCAGCUAGCAGUGCUGACUCAGGGUCAGGGGCAUCUUUGCUUUUUGAUGACCUUCCACCUGCUAGCAGCGGUGACUCAGGUUCGCCUACCUCUCGAGCAUCCCAGGGAUUACUAAAGAGUGAUGGGAAAGGAGCAAAGCGGAAAACCAUGGAGGAGGAGAAGAAUGGGAAUGAAGAGCUUGUGGAAAAGAAAGUUUGUAAAGAUUCCUCAGUGAUCUUCGGCCUCAAAGGCUACGUAGCAGAGAGGAAAGGGGAGAGAGAAGAGAUGCAGGAUGCCCACGUGAUCCUGAACGACAUCACAGAGGAGUGUAAGCCCCUGUCUUCUCUGAUCUCUCGAGUUUCCUAUUUUGCGGUUUUCGAUGGGCAUGGAGGAGUCCGAGCCUCCAAGUUUGCUGCUCAAAAUUUGCAUCAGAACCUAAUCAGGAAAUUUCCUAAAGGGGAAGUGAUCAGUGUGGAGAAAACUGUGAAGAGAUGCCUUCUGGACACUUUCAAGCAUACCGAUGAGGAGUUCCUCAAGCAGGCCUCCAGCCAGAAGCCUGCUUGGAAGGACGGUUCCACAGCAACAUGUGUCCUCGCUGUAGACAACGUCCUCUACAUCGCCAACCUGGGAGACAGCCGGGCCAUCUUGUGCCGCUAUAACGAAGACAGCCACAGACAUGCAGCCUUAAGCCUCAGCAAAGAGCACAAUCCCACCCAGUACGAAGAGCGGAUGCGGAUACAGAAGGCAGGAGGGAACGUCAGGGACGGCAGAGUCCUGGGUGUGCUCGAGGUGUCUCGCUCCAUCGGGGAUGGCCAGUACAAGCGCUGCGGCGUGACCUCCGUGCCGGACAUCAAACGCUGCCAACUUACUCAGAAUGACAGGUUCAUCAUGCUGGCUUGUGAUGGGCUCUUCAAGGUCUUCACGCCCGAGGAAGCUGUGACCUUCAUCUUGUCCUGCCUAGAGGACGAGAAGAUCCAGACCCGGGAAGGGAAGUCCACCCUGGACGCGAGAUACGAAGCCGCCUGCAACCGUCUGGCCACCAAGGCCGUGCAGCGAGGCUCCGCGGACAACGUCACCGUCAUGGUGGUGCGGAUAGGCCAGUGAAGGAGGCGCCGGGCGGCAGCAGGGACGGCCUGCGUCCAUUCAGGGGAAGCGCCGGGUUCGAGUGUGCGCAGUACGUGUUCUGAGGGUUCCUCCGGGGCUCUGUGGUUGUAAAUAAAAAGUUGUUUGGUUUUUUCUA